AUAUUUGUGGUUGUUUUCUGCUUUAUCUUCCAAGUUCUCAGCACUUGCUUCUUUUGAUUUCUUUCUUUUUCUUUUUUUCCUUUUUGCUUGCUUUCCUUGCUUUUGAGAAUGGUUCAAAUGCUCUAUUCCAGAAUGAGCGCACUAUUUUGGCAUUUGACUUGUUUGAUCUCUUUCUACAUUUGGUUUGCAGGCUUUGAACAUUUUAUUUUAAAGCUCUCAAUUGAAUGCAUUGAAUUCACCUCAACCAAGUUAAACAUGAUGUUUAAAAAUCUCGCUAAAAGAUGAAUGCAUUGAAUGUAUUGGGCUUAGGGAUUUGCAUUCGAGGGAUCAGCCGCUUCCUGGGUUCAUACUUCAUUUCAUAUAUGUUUAUUGUUUAAUCUUUUAGCUUGCGAGGCCUUUCUAUAGCAUGACUUCGCAAUCUUAUAGGUCAAAUUAUAGUUAGCCGCCGUUAAUUAAAAAGCUAUUUUCGAAACUAACAUAGUUGGAACUUGGAACUGAUUUCUUCAUGCUCUUUUUUUGUGCCACCAAUGUCUUCAUGCUCUUCUAUUGAAAGUUGAAACUAACUUCUCUUCUAGAACGCGGCGUGACAUAAGUGGUAAAAAAUGUAGCUGUACCAUAUAUUCUGUUAUUGUGCAGCAAGGUCUAGCUAGCAUGUUUAUAGACUUUGAAGGUUUCCAAGCAUCUUGGGACCAAGACAUUAACUCAAGCCUUCUCAGUAUAACAUCAAAUAUCCUAUCAGGAUUCUGAACCCUGGGAGUAUGAGGGAGUUGGUGCUGGUCCCUUAGACCUCGUGAAAAACUGCAUUGGCCAAAAAUAAUGUGAUUGAAGAAAUCUGCAACUAAGUGGAUUUUAUAGAGGUAGUGCAUGCAUUCAGCAUCUAAGAGGUGGUAAAAAAAUAUGGCCAAGCAUCAUCCUGAUUUGAUCAUGUGUCGGAAGCAGCCAGGGAUUGCCAUUGGACGGCUUUGUGAGAAAUGCGAUGGCAAGUGUGUGAUCUGUGACUCUUACGUGCGCCCUUGUACCCUUGUUCGUGUUUGUGAUGAGUGCAACUAUGGAUCAUUUCAGGGUCGGUGCGUCAUAUGUGGAGGAGUAGGAAUAUCUGAUGCCUACUACUGCAAGGAGUGUACACAGCAGGAGAAAGAUAGGGAUGGUUGCCCAAAAAUUGUUAAUUUAGGGAGUGCCAAAACUGAUCUGUUCUAUGAACGUAAAAAGUAUGGUUUCAAGAAACGAUGACGAGGCUAGCUGGUUUUGCUUUGAUCUGUGUAUUUCACUUGCAUGUCAAAACCGUUCAAAAUGUUUGAAUAUGUGUCUACUCUCAUAUAAUAUCUAUUGCCGACAAUAAAAGUGUUUGACUAGUGAUCAUAUAUGUUUGCUAGCGUGAAAGUAUCAA